GUUAAUUUUGAAAAAAAAUGACGCGCUCUCUGAAACACAAAACACUGAAACACAAAACCUAAUGUCCUAACCUCUCUCUUCGACGAAUCGACGCAGCCACUCGCAACCGGCCCACCAGCCACCGGCCCACCACUCCACGGGUCUCCACCAGGUCAUCCGAGUUCCGACCACCGAAGACCGAACCCAGAUCUGUUCAUCCGCAGACCGCAGCAGCCAGCAGAACAGUCCGUGGUCGUCGCGGGGAUUCGGGGAAGAAGAACCGAGCAGAGCAGCUUCGCCGUCGAGCACAGAGAAAGAGGAGGGGCCGAGAAGUGAGAAGCAGCGACUAGCCGAGCACGGAGCACCGACGGGCGACGGAGGAGCGGAGGAGGCGACUGGCGAGGACUCGAGGAGGAGCCGGCGAGACGCCGUCGAGGCGUCGAGCAGUGUGACAGUGUCUUCUGCCUAGGCUUGUGAAGUUGUGAGUCUUGAAUCGUGAAUUGGGAUUUCAGAUUUGAGUUUAGUUUUCACAGGAAGAGGUGAGAGAGUUGUCGAACUACCUCGUCUCGGAGCUCUGAUUCACUACCAAUUACCUCGAAUUUAAUUGUGUUUUUUACUCUGACCUUGUAAAGCUCUGCCUAAAGCCUAAAACCCAUCAAGUUCCUCCACUGCAAAAUUGCUCUGUCGAUGGGGAAAGGCGAGAUGGAGCGGCUGAACCAAACGCUAACCGUACAUCUGACCAACAUCCAUGAGACGCUGCAGCUUUUGGAUCAAACUCCUGCUUCUUCCUUACAAAAAGUUAGCUGGGAUGAGGUCAUUAAGAUUAGUGAACAACUUUCCAAGAACGCUACUACUGCUGGAAUGCUUUGCACCGGAGAAAAAGUAAAAGUAACUGUACUAGAGGAAAAUAUGGAGGCGUAUUUCAAUGUCUUGCAGGGUCUUCUUUUGCUUGCCUAUGGAACUACAGUAGGUGCAGGACCAACUCUAACAUCCAAUAUUCAUGCAUCAAUAAAACAAGUUGUAGAUUGCAGUUUCUUGCUAUGGAGGGAAUGUGUUACUUCCUAUGGGCCUAGUGGUAGUGAGAAGAAGUGCACCAUUCCACAGUUAGCUGGCACAGUCUGGGAAGCAUGUUCUUCUCUCAAGAAGACUCCUGCUACAAAUAUAGUUGCAAUAGGGCGUGCGAUAACACAAGUUGCUGUUUCAAUUAAAGACGUAUUACGUGAAAUGAAAGAACUUGAGCCGUGUUCAUCUGAUCCAAACAGUGAAGCAGAAAGCCAAGGCCAGGAAAGCAAUAUCUCUGAUGUUGAUGCUGAUGAUGAGUUUGGUAAAGACUUAUCACCUGAAGAGAUGAAAGUUGCUCAAUUAGCAGUAGUGAUUGUGUCAGAACUGGUUACCGUCAUCAAGGAACUUAUACGAUCAAUUACUGGUUUACUGAAGAAGGAAACCCGUAAUCAUGAGCAUGAUGGAGUUGAGUCCUUGGAAAAGCUUUUGAAGCUUUGUCGUGGAAUUGGGAUUCAGGUAGAUGAGCUUGGAGCUUGUCUAUAUCCACCACAAGAACUGUCAGCAAUAACUAAAUCAUGCAAAGAAUUAUCUGAUUUGAUAGAUGAAGUGAGUAAAGAAUUGGACUGUUUAAAUGGAUCUACAGAUGCUUUCUCUGAGAGAUGCAACACAUUGAAGACUGCCUUGGGAGUUUUGAAAAUAGAAAUUUCCGACUCUGUUGCUGCUGAUGCUGUUCGGCAAAAUUCUAGUGGCUUAAAUGUAGUAGAGCAAAUGCAUAAUCUUGCUGUAAACGAUUGAUAAUCUUACGUUCUCCCUCUUAGCUCCUAAUCUCCUACUGUCACCCUUAUUGGUAGAGUUUAUUGAACAGCAUUAUGAUCACUGUCUCUACAAGACUUGAAUGCCUGUAUAAAAUGUAACAUGUGACCCAAAAUUGUCACAUUCAUGAUUUCCA